AUGGAAGAUUCUGAAGCACCGGCUGUGUCCCUGGCUGGCCUGAGAACAAAAACCAUCAUGGAAAGAGCUAUAAAAUACUUCAAGUCGGGAUCAGAAGCCAAAGUGAAUGGAGUUUGUGGGUUGAUUAUACUAAUGAGUGUAAUCGUUUACAAAAUCUUUGAAUUCAAGUGCCCAUGCAUACCAGGCUUCAACAAACCUUAUGCUCUGAUGGUCUUGCUGGCACCAUCACUGAUCUUUUUCUUUGUUGGGGUUCUUGCCAACCAGUUUUGUGGUUUGUUCACAAUAGAGUAUUCUAGACCUGAAGGUGGAAGAGCGAAAAACAAGAAAGUUUUAAAUUCCUUUGCACAGCUGGGUACACUCAGUGCUUUAAAGGUAAUAAAUCUUCAAAAUGGACAGCUUAUGGUUUGUGCGUUCAGUGAGACCCUUGACCCUGACCAGUUUGGGGGAUUUGCAGAUUUCCCUGAGUUUGACGCCUCAUUCCUAUUGGCUAAAGUGCCCUGCAAGAACUUUGACCUGCUCCGCAGAUCCUCAACCAGGAAAGCAAUAUCCAGGUUUCUCAAAUUUUUAUCACAGGGUAUUGGCUAUAUAGUAGUUCUUACAAUUAUCCUGAUCGGUGCUUUAGCACGUUUUGUGCUUCCACUUUUCAACACACAUGAAGCUCUGCAGUCCCGUUACUGGACCAAGUACUCGGACAUGGAGGAGAAAUGUUUUGAGGAGAUGUGUAUUCUGCACAAUUAUAAGGUUGCUGAGAAGUGUGUGAAGAGUUACUUUGAAGGGACGACAAAGGAAAGAAAAGAGGAAGUUUAUUAUGACAGAAGAAAAGUCCCUGAUGCUCCAGUGGAGACGCUGGUGUAUGUGGACCAAUGGUACAACUGCCGCCCUCCCAUACUUGGUGCAGAUCUCCCAGAUCCAAGCUAA